CUGAUUUACGUAAAGCGCUAUGGCCCAUGGUGGAAGUCAACAAUCGGCAAUACAUACAAAAUGGUGUGCAUCUCUGACCCGGCCAUCUUUGAAAAGGUGGUGCGACAGGAGGGCAAAUAUCCGGUCAGGAAUGAAAUCGACCUGUGGAAGACCCACCGAGAACUGCGCAAUCUGGCCCGUGGGCCAAUCACUGAGGAAGGGCACAAAUGGCACGCCUGCGCACCAUCCUGAACAAGAGGAUGCUGAAGCCGUCUGAAGCCAAGAGCUACGCCGGGAGCAUCAACGACAUUGUUUCGGAUUUCAUGGUCAGACUGCAGGACUUGAGCAAAGAGAGUCCCAC